CUUUUCCUGCCAUGAUCCGCGGGCAACAAGUCUGCUUGUUCCUUCUUGGACUCGCCCUGGUAUGGGCUGAUGACUGUGAUGUAGAAGCCGAACCCACCAGCUUGCUGCAAGCCGUAAAGGGCUCCGCGGGCUCUGCGGGCUCCGCCGCGCCGUACUUCAAGGGCACAGCGAAGGAGACCAAAGAGCAUCAUAUGGAUGUACUAAAAGGACCUACGGGCUUGUUCCCCUACAACGUCAUGACCUGCCAAGGUGAACAGACGGUGAGUACCAAAAGCAUGACAUCAGCAAAAUAUGAUGAGGUUGUGAACAAAGUUCUGGAGCUGUAUAACAAGUUGGAUUCCACCUGUGUAGCAACGAAUUGCCCGAGAGCUGAGUGGUCUGGCUGUGUGCUGCGUAUAGCUGGCCAUGAUUUCAUGGACUACAAUCCCCAGACCCAUACCGGUGGCGCCAAUGGUUGCAUUGAUCUGACGGAUCCAGACAACGGUGGGCUGGCCGAGUGUCUUUACACUGGUGCGGAAUUUGGCAUCUCCAUUGCUGAUGCGUAUGAAUUCUUUUGCACAGAAGUGUCACUGGCGGACUUCAUCGUCAUUGCGGGGCAAGCAAUUAUUGAGAAGACACGCCAGAAUGUCUUGGACAUUAACCCAAAGGCCCCAUCCAUCACUUUGAAGGACAUCUUCAAGUGGGGAAGGGACACGGCCACGACAUGUCCAGAAUCCCAUGGAAGUUUGCCGAACCCCGAGGAAAGUUGCGGAGAUGUGGAGAAGGUCUUUGUGAAGAACAUGGGACUCACAUGGCGCAGGGCUACAGCUCUAAUGGGCGUGCACACCUUAGGAAGAUGUCGGAUUGAAAACUCGGGCUACGAUGGCUGGUGGAGCAACGUUUGGAACAGUCAACUGUUCAACAACAACUAUUACAUAGCGAUCGCUGCAAAGGGCUGGGUCACGCAGCUCGCUGUCAAUGGGAACCCCAAGAAGAACCAAUGGGUCUUGGGAGACUAUGAAAAGAACAGAGAAGCUAAACGAGGUCAUCAGAUGAUGUUGAACACUGACCUCUGCCUGGCAUUUUCCAAUGACAACAAGGGUAAGGUGGAUUUGAAUGCGAAAACCGCUGUGGACUACGGAUGUCGCUGCGCCUGGAUGGGACCGCUGGAAGCCAAAGAUGCUUGGAUCAGGUACAACAAGGGCAAGUUCUGUGGCACCAAAGACAUCCCGGACGACUUCCCAAGAUGGACGAGGCAACGGGAGAUUUGCUGCGACAUGCAUGAUCCUUAUGGGCGUCAUACCGACUGUGGCAAGCCUGAACGUCCCCGCGGACGAGCAUGGGGUGACGUCAAAUCGUUUAUGUCGAGCGAGGCAGCAUGGUUACAGGUCUUCAAGGAGGCGUGGAUCAUCUCCACCAGCAACGGGUUUGAAGGCAAACUGAAGAACUUACAGUGAGAUUGCGAUGGGCAGAGGGUAGUUGAAGUUUCAGGUGGUUUCGAGUGGUUUCAUACUUUAUAUUUUUUGGGGUGG